CAACUCCCAAGUCCCCUUGAAAGCAUCAAAGGGUUAAGUAACCUUUUCGAAGAGAAGUGUCCUUUCGUCUUCAGAAAAAAGUAUGAAAAUAUUUCCUACAAAUACUAGACUAAAAAUAAUGUCACCAACACACAACACAAAUACAUAAAUCUACAUGUGCAUAUUUGCCAAAAGCACACAAGUUGGUGUCAACGCUCACUUUUUUUGUGCCUAGAGGCGUGUGUGUGCUCAUUGUUGAAUCUUCCCCAUUCUCCUCAUCCAAAUUCCGACACAUCUCUCUCUAGCCGCCAUUACAAAAUCCCCUGCAGUUUACAAAAACUCACUCUUUCUGGUCCGAUCUCUUCCUGUCGCUCGCAAAUUUCUGAUCUUUAAUUCACAGUUUCUUCUCUUCUGUGCUCGGAAUCUCUAAUCGCCGGCUUCCAGCUCCAGGGUGAGAUUACUUUAUGUGCUUUGCUCUGCUUCGGAACUUUAAGGCUUGUGUUGUUGGUUAUUGAAUGGCUCUUGUCCAGAGGAUUCCACUUUCCUCCUCUAGUGUUCGGAAUUGGCAACUAGCCAGGACCAAUUUGAGUCCUGUUUGUUGUUUACAUUACAAUACUGCAUCUUCUUCUUCGCCAUUUACAGAGAAGCACUCAGUGGAGAGAUACCAGAGGGAUCAAUGGCUGUACAAGGCUGUUGAACCCACGCCACCAUCAAAUCCAUCUCCAUCGCCGUUUGAAGAUGAAGUCUUUGUUAGGGAAAACGACAUUGCAACGCAGCUGCCUGAGCUGAAGAAGCUCUUGGCUGUGCUUAGAGAGAAGAGAGUUAAAGGCUGCAAAGGUGGUGAUUGUGGACCGGGAGAUGUGUAUCUUGUGGGGACAGGACCAGGAGAUCCUGAGCUUUUGACUCUUAAAGCUGUCAGAGUUAUUCAAAGUGCCGAUCUUUUGCUUUACGACAGACUUGUCUCUAAUGAUGUCUUGGAGUUGGUUGCUCCUGAUGCUAGACUUCUUUAUGUCGGCAAAACUGCUGGUUAUCAUAGCAGAACUCAGGAGGAGAUUCAUGAACUACUCCUAAGUUUUGCUGAAGCUGGUGCCACUGUUGUCAGGCUUAAAGGUGGAGAUCCUUUGGUCUUUGGACGGGGCGGGGAAGAAAUGGACUUUCUGCAACAACAAGGGAUUCGAGUUCAAGUUAUCCCAGGGAUUACUGCGGCAUCGGGGAUAGCAGCAGAGUUGGGGAUUCCGUUAACACAUCGAGGUGUUGCAACAAGUGUGAGGUUCCUCACUGGUCAUUCUAGGAAAGGAGGGACGGACCCUUUGUUUGUUGCAGAGAAUGCAGCUGACCCGGAUACAACACUUGUCGUUUAUAUGGGUUUGGGAACUUUACCUUCUCUUGCACAAAAACUGAUGGACCAUGGUCUCCCGUCUGAUACACCAGCUGUUGCGGUUGAACGUGGAACCACUCCUCUACAGCGUACAGUUUUUGCUGAGCUUAAAGAUUUUGCAACUGAGAUUCAGUCAGCUGGAUUGGUGUCACCAACGCUCAUCAUCAUAGGGAAAGUCGUCGAGCUCUCGCCUUUAUGGCCGCAUUGCACGAAAGAAUCGUCCUCCUGCCUUGUAGAGAGCCGUUAGAUGCUUCUGUUGACAUUACGGUUAAAUUUUAGGAGCUAUGAAGGUUGAGAGAUGUAAUAAUCAAAAAGGACGGCUGAUAUAUUCUUAUGUCCAUGUCCUUCGAUUAAUUUGGGCAAUGCCAGUAUCAUUUACAAGCCUCAAACAGAGCCAAUAUAAUGUUGGGGUAAAAUUUAGGAAAAGCUAAGUUUCGACCCAAUUGUCCACUAAUUUUUGGGAAGAAAAAGAUUAGAGAAUAGGCCAA